GAAGAAGAAGAAGAAGAAGAAAACGAAGAAGAAGAAGAGCUCCAAUAUUGACUUUUCCUAAGGCACAUUGACCUAAUGCUUUAAGGGAAGACCUGAAAAGUGCUCUCUCACCAUGGAGGCGGUCGUUAGCCUCCUAAAUGUUUUCCACAGUGAGGACGGAGGAUUUCCUGUGACACUCGGCCUCUUUCUCAUCUUUCUAUGUCUUCUCUACUGGUAUUCAGUGUACCCGUUCUCAGUUCUCUCUCGAUGUGGCAUCAAACAUCCAGACACAGUGCCUUUCUUUGGCAACCUAUUCAUGUUUCGCCAGGGUUUCUUUGGCCCGAUAUCUGAUCUCAUAAGGACUCAUGGCAGGGUUUGUGGGUACUAUUUGGGACGCAGACCGGUGGUGGUGAUAGCCGACCCUGACAUGCUUCAACAAGUGAUGGUCAGAGACUUUAGCAGUUUCCCAAACAGAAUGGCUUUUCGCUUUGCCACCAAACCCAUCAGUGACUGUCUCCUCAUGCUGAGGAAUGAACACUGGAAAAGAGUGCGGAGCAUCCUGACCCCGUCCUUCAGUGCUGCCAAGAUGAAAGAGAUGGUUCCACUCAUUAACACAGCCACUGAUGCCCUAAUGAACAACCUGAAUGUGUAUGCAGAGUCUGGAGAGGCCUUUGACAUCCACAAAUAUUUUGGCUGGUUCACCAUGGACGUUAUUGCCAGUGUGGCAUUUGGAACGCAAGUGGACUCUCAGAAAAACCAAGACGAUCCAUUCGUCCGCUACGCUCAGAUGUUCUUUUCUUUCACUUUCUUCAGGCCGAUGUUGCUGUUUUUCAUGGCUUUUCCUCUCAUCAUGACUCCACUUGCGGGACUCCUCCCCAAUAAAAGACGGGACCAGAUGAAUAAUUUCUUUAUCAACACUAUUAAGCAAAUCAUCAAGCAGAGAGAGGAACAGCCUCCGGAACAGAGACGCAGAGACUUCCUUCAGCUGAUGCUGGACGCUCGCACCAGCAAAGAGACUGUGUCUGUGGAACAUUUCGAUACACUGAACCACACCGAUGACCUCAGUCACAGGAACCAGCAAGCACAGCCGUCGGCCCCGGAUCACAACAGUCCUCACGCACAGGGGCCGCACACCAGAGGGCCUCAGAGAAAGAUGAUAACCGAGGAUGAGAUUGUGGGUCAGGCUUUAAUCUUCCUCCUGGCAGGCUAUGAAACCACCAGCAACACGCUGGCUUUCACCUGCUACCUCCUGGCUCUGCACCCUGACUGUCAACACAGACUCCAGGAAGAAGUGGACGAGUUUUUCACUAAAUAUGAGUCACCAGAUUACGCAAAUGUUCAGGAGUUGAAGUACCUGGACAUGGUUAUAUGUGAGGCCUUGCGUCUCUACCCUCCUGGAUUCAGGUUUGCACGAGAAAUCGACCAUGAUUGUGUGGUGAGUGGCCAGUUCCUCCCUAAAGGGGCCACGCUGGAGAUCCCUGCAGGUUUUCUCCAUCAUGACCCAGAGCAUUGGCCAGAACCUGAAAGGUUCAUCCCUGAGAGAUUCACACCUGAGGCCAAGGCCAGUCGACAUCCAUUUGUGUACCUGCCGUUUGGGGCCGGCCCCCGAAACUGUGUGGGAAUGAGACUCGCUCAGCUGGAGUUAAAAAUGGUGUUCGUUCGUCUGUUUCACAAAUACAACAUUGUGGCCUGCACUGAGACCGAGGUUCCUCUUGAGCUGAAGUCAACAAGCACUCUCGGACCGAAAAACGGCAUCUUUGUGAAAAUCACCAGGAGAGACGUGGACGGCAAUUAACUUCACAUCCAGAUGAUUUAAAAACUCACUUUGUAGGGAUUCACUUCAAAUGUGUGAGCAGUUUUCUCAUUUAGAAAUACUUGAAUCUUAUUAAAUAUAUAACUUAGACUUUGGUUGUUGUGCUCAUCUAGUGGCUCAUCGCGUCAUGAUAAAUGGGACGUGCAAAGAGUGUCAGGUUCGAGAAGAAGGGAAAAAACAGUACUGUGAUCUGCUGUCGUGCAUAGCAAUCCUGGAUAAUGUGCAGCUUGUAUUAAGAACAGUGUGAGAGCCACUCAAAGUAAUUUUGUAGCGUUAAGUUUAGUAUAUGUAAUACAUUGUUAAUAUAUUCAAGUUUAUGGUGAGUGGGAAACUGAUUUGUGUUGGAUAAAAGCAUGUUAUAUUUGAGCUUUACGACAGUUAGGGGAGGUUUUAAGGCAGUUUGGUGUGAGGGUAUGGAGGAUUUUGCACGUGUGGAUGUAUAACAGGCUAAAACACUCUUGUGAAAAUAACCAUUUCUAUAUAUUUUCUAUUUCACCAGGAGCAGACUAUAACAGAUGUACAGUGUGCUUCUUUAUGAUUAUCCUGUUUUUUAAAUAUUAUGAUGAUUGAUGACAGUGAAUUCAUGUUUCUGUGAAACAAUGUAACUCGGUGGCUAAAAUGAUAAAAGUUGAAUAAAGCGAGCUGCUGUGCUACCCUUAAAAUGAGUUUAUCAACCGUGAGUUUAACACCUCUGAUAAUGCCGUACCAUUAAAAUAAACAGAUGGAAUAAGUACAUGCGUACACAAUCCAUAA